AUGAUAUUAUCACCAGCAGAGAGAUCGUAUUUGAGAGACUCUCUCUCUCUUGAAACACCCAUACGACCCGACUCAAGGCUAGUGGGCCAGUUCAGACCAAUUGAAGCAGUCUGCAAUUUUUUGCCCAACUUCAAUGGAUCUUCCAGGGUGAGGUUAAGUGAUGGUAAUGAAUGUAUCACUAGUGUUAAAUCCAGUGUUGUGAUAAUCAGCUCCAGUUCCAGAGACGAUAGUGUUAAUUUAAUUGAUUUCCUGUUCAACAUACCCGGCUACAGAGAUGAUUCAAAUUUGGUGUCUAAUUUGACGUUAACGUUUAAUAAAAUAUUUAAUAACAAUUUUGAUUAUAGCUCUUUGAAAUUGAAAAAUUUCAAAAAUCACUUUUUCAAAUUGAGUAUUGACAUCCUAUUCAUAUCCAAUUCAAGCGAUAUUAAUGACAACUAUGUUCCAUUGACUUUAAUUAGUUUUUCGUCAUAUCUAGCAUUGAGAUCCACAAGGUUGCCAUUGUUGAUCAAUGAUUUGGAAAAAGACGAGGAAGAUCUCAAUAUUGAUAAAAUCAAAACCCAAAAAGAAGUGGAGCUACCCAUGUUUAGUGACGAUUGGUCAGAUUCAACAUACCUAUUUCCCACCUCGCCAUCUAGCUCGACUGCAAAUGCAAAUCAAAGGACCCCACCAUUGAUCUUCAUAUUGGCAGUCAUUGACGAUAACUUAUUUGUGGAUCCCACCAUCGAGGAGCAGUAUGUCAGCGACAAUGGGUUGAUAGUGCCUUGGUGCUCAGGGAACAUUAUAAAUCCAAUAGAGUCGACCAAACUCUCUCGAGACCCCAACUCAGACUCAACUUCCAGCAGCACAGUCGGUUUGAACUACAACCACCUCACCAAGGGCAUCUCGCUCGUGAAGGAGGUUGCAGCCAAAGUGGCCUCUGCGUUGGACAAUGUGGUGAACACUUCAGACGAAAACGAGUUCUUGAACUCCAUAUUCUAG